AUGGUCAGCUCGGGUAGACGAGCAAUGGUCGGGUCUUCUGCUCUCUCAAAAUUUCGUGUUGGUUGUGUUGGUCAAGGUAACCUGUUGACUCUACAUGCGGGGGCAACUACUGCAUGUCAACUUUCAACUCACCAACUUCAGUCCAGCCGCCAACACAGGAAUCGCGCAGCUUCAGCAGUCCAAAAGUCAGCAUCUACACUCCGUAGCCAGACGCCUUCGACCCUAUCCUUCCUCGGAGGGCCAAGAGCAGCAGCCCAUGUCGCCAAGUCUCCAGCAAGUAUCCGCCGUGAACCUCGGCUCCGACGACAUUAUACGUGUCACACAAUCCAUAGAAGAGACUUUGAUUGUGUCGUCGUUGCAGCAGAUCCCGGGCAACAUGACCAUGCCCGUUUGACCUUUUUUAACAACCUGGGUGCAUCAGGCAGCGCGGGCCUCGGCCGCCUUCAACGUCUCCCCUUGGAGCUCCUUUCAUCCGUCUGCCUUUUGCUCGACGUCCAGUCUGCCUUCAACUUCAGCCAGGCAAAUCGAAGCGCUCGGCAGACCAUUGCCAGCAUUCCUCAAUAUCGUCGACUCCGCGAGCACGCCCUCGGGUGCAUAUGGGCACUGUUUCGCACAGGCCUUGCGCCUCGCAUCAGCACAUCCACCCUGCUCUCAACUCUUUCGACCGAGCGCUGUGUAAUUUGCGGCUCGUUUGGCGGCUUUGUUUUCCUCCCCACCUCGGAACGCUGUUGCUUCUAUUGCAUCGAGUCGGCUCCGGCUCUCCGAACCGUGUCUCUGCAUUCACUGUGCAAGGCGUCUGGUAUGCCAGCUGCGCAGCUCGAGAAGUCUAUUCCGGUGUUGCGCUCCGUCCCCGGAACGUAUUCGUCGGCAAUGACGCGGAGAAGCAGGCGUACUUAUCUCGCAUCUGCAUAUCACACCCUCGAGGUGCUUCCAAGAGACGAAAAUGAAGAUCCGCGAACCACCCUGGGUGGGCUACCUGACUCCCAGGUUUUGAGGUGUAUGGCGUCAACACGGUUGCCAUACGCGAGCCCAUCCACUGGCGAGUCGCAGCUGGGGAGGUCCUGCAAGGGCCGUCAGAUUGCCCUGGAGGCCGACAUGUGUGAAGAGAACUUCUCGCGUCGAGAACGCCUGUAUUCACCACUUUUGGGACUGCCAAGAGGCAAAGGAGCUUUGGCUUUCCAGCGAGGGAGGCACAGCUGUGGUUGA